AUGGUUUCAUCUUCAGCUUUUGAUUCUGACGAUGACUUCAUCUUUGGUGUCGAUUUAUCCAAUCUUGAUGUCUCGGAAAUCGUGGACGAGGGAAUCUCAUCGUUUAUUCACGAAGAAGAAUCUUCGCAAUCAUAUCAAAAGCCGGACUACUCUUCUAGAAUAACAAACCUACUGUCUACCACAACAAGGUUUCCAGUCCUCGAGACUCCCGUCACACAAUUGCAAUUCGACAAUCUCUUCUCUUGGGCUACAAGCAUAGGGGCUGAACUUGAUGGUAUCGCUUGUGUAGAGGAUAUUUAUGGUGGCCGAGGACUGGCAGCUAGACAAAAAUUUGUGGUGGGAGAUAUGCUAGCCAUACUCCCUAGGGAGCUACGAAUCGGCCAAACUGUGGCCUGCAAACAUUUGGGGAUUCCAAGCGAUACACCUGAUCUGUCUGCUCUUAGUAUGUUUCUGUUGGAUUUGGCAUCAUCGGAAGAAAGUGAAGAAAAGUUUCUGCAUUAUGCAAGAUGUUUGCCCAAGUUCGGAUCGAAUGGUCUGUUCCAGAGUGACGAAGAUGAUGACCAUUACGAUGCAUUUGGAGAAGAAUAUACGGAAGCGAUAAAGGCAAUCCGCAGUCAAGCAAAGUCUUGCAAAGAUUACAUUUACGAGGUUUUGAUAGGUGAGAGCCCAUUAGAAGAUCAAGCGCCGACAAUUCCUCUGCUCUGGGCUAUAUCAAUGGUACAGACUCGAACACAUGGCUUUGGCAGCAAUCGAGGCCGGUGGCUGACACCGAUUUUCGACUUUGCGAAUCAUUCGCCAAAUCCGAACAGCAAACUAGAAGGAGAUUCUGAUGGUAGGCUUGUACUCAGAGCUUUGAAAGCAAUAGAUGCAAACGAGGACAUCACAAUUGACUAUCAAGUUCCAGACGAUUCCAAACUUCGCGCUACCUAUGGCUUCUCACUUCUUCAUGCCCCGAGAAAUACUGUAUGA